ACCUCUGGCCAGACUGUUGGAGCGAUGAAGUGGAGCAGUUCGUUGCUUUGGCUGGCCGCUCUCUGUGCCAGCUAUGGCGGCAUCUGCGGCAGGGAUCCGCAUGGUGAUCAAUGGCAGGAUAUGUCUGAGUUGGGAAGACAAGUAGAGGAGAUCAUCCGCAGUGAGAUGAGCAGUGGUGCUACUUCCGAAGAGGUCUUGAACAACCUGCACACCUCUUCCAAUGAGGUUAUCCAACGGGCUGGUUUCGUGGCCAUAAAUCUGGCUAAUAAGGUGCAAAUUGCCAUCACAGAGUUGAUUGCCAGCUUUGUUGAGAGUGUAGGCAAUGCAUUGGGUGAAUUGCAGUCCUUUCUCCAAAAGGAGCGCAAUACAUACAGGAGCCAGGCUUUGCAGGAUGCAACGGGGAUGCUAACCCAACUGAAUGCUGUCAUCCUCGACCUGGAGGCUAGCCUGGAGAGAAUCAAUGGGCAGCAGGCGAACAACGAUCAGUGGGAGCUGCAGACAGCGGAAGAGUGGAAGCUCUGGGCCGCAGUCCUAGUGUCAAAUGUGAGGCAAUCUACCGAGGGUGCGGGUACGGACAUCUCUAAGGCCAAGAACAUCACCCAGGGUCUCAACACACGCUACGGCCUCCGGCUGCACGCCUGCCAAGAGGGAUUCAUCUGGGCCCAUACUCGAUUUAACCUUGAAUUGCAGGAGACACUUGAGAUCGCUCAAAACUCAACCGAUGUCUUGAUCCAAGCAACGGUGAAUUGUCAAGUUGUUGGGGACGAGUGCCGCAAUGCCGUAAGAAAAGCUCUCAAUGGUAUCAUAGAGGUGCCUGUGCAGCUUGACAGAUUUCGGGAUAAGGCCGAACAUUUACUGGUUGUAAUUGGGGAGAGUAAUCAGUGCUUGUCGGAAACAUUAGAGGAAUACGCCGGGCAGAGACUCAAAGUGGAGAGUCAGCUGCAGGACAUCAUCGAACAGUACGGGAAUACAGUCUCCCCAGAGACAGUAAAAGAAUGAGUUGGACAGUUAAUUAGUAGACUUCUUUCUUCUUUAAUAUUAAACAAAUACUAGGUUAAGAGCAGCAAAUAAAUAUCCCAUAUCAACGAAA